AUGUUCUCCUCGCCUGCUUUGAUCACAGCACUCGCCUUGGCUACGGCGGCGUCUGCCUUCGCUGUCAACGCGAACCCCUUGUACGUGGAGGAGGCACCCGACCACCUACGGCCAUACGUGAUCCAGCACUACAAGAACAGCCAUGCCGUGACAAUCGACACUCAGCUUUACCGCUUCAUGGUGACGGGGCCGUCUUCAGAGAACGCCUUUACUCUGCUGGCUACUAAUGCGCCCGGCAGCGGCUCUCUGGGCGUGCUGCCUCACAUUCACCGUCGCCAUUAUGAGAACUUCUUCAACUACAAGGGCCGCUUCCAGCUGUGGGUGCAGAAAGACAACGGCGAGCAGCAGGCCCGCGUGCUGAGCCCGGGUGACUAUGGAGCGGUAGUCCCGAACACAACGCACACGUUCCAGAUCACGGAUCCGGACACUGAGCUGCUGGGUGUCAUUGUUCCCGGAGGUUUCGAAGACUUGUUCUACGCCCUCGGCACGAACUUCACCUCUGGCACAGACACCCCCUACGUGCCCUCCAAGUCCAACGGCAGCAGCUCAGCAGGCCCCGACCCGGGCAUGAUCGCAUCCCUCCAGGAGUUUGACGUUUACGCGCAAUUGAACUUCACCGAGAGACGCGACCUGGUCAACGGCUCCGCCCCGUCGAGCGCCACGUGGCACAGCAGCACCAACGCCCUCGGCGAGGUCGGAGAGCCGUACUUCGUCGCCAACGGCUACGGCCCCAAGUACCUGAACUCGCUGCACGGCUACCAGAUCGUGCAGCCGCUGGUGACCCCCAAGCAAGCGCAGAGCCUAGAGUACUCCAUGUCGACCAUUUCCAUCAACGCCGCCAAGCCCAACGUCACGGUGCCGACGUACACGCUGGAGGGCGCCGCCGCUUUUGAGGUCCUCGAGGGGCUGUUGACUGUUCAAAUUGGCGACUACGAGGAGGCUACGCUGAGCAGUGGUGAUGUUGCCUUCAUUCCCCCUGCCGUGCCCUUCAAGUACUGGAGCGACAUCGCUUUCACGAAGGUGUUGUUCAUUGGGGCCGGGACCAACUCCAUCGAUACUCAACUCAUUGCGGGAGGCAAGUCUUGGGACUACGUCACUUUUCCGACUCAGUGA